GACAUCUUACAGUCAUAGUGACGUUAAAAAUUAAUCUGCCAACACGACUUGGAAACAUGGUGGAAGAUACGGCUGCCAAUCCGCCUUCGAACAAUCCAAAAGCGGAAGAAACUAAAGAAGUCGAGCAAGUACAGGAUGCCCAGAAGAUAUAUUCCAUUGAGAUUCUCCGACUGAUUAGGGACUCUCAACAGCAGCACGGCCUGAGGCAUGGGGACUAUCAGCGCUACCGCGGGUAUUGCACUCGUCGAGUCAGGCGACUGCGGAAGGCGCUAAAGUUGCCGCAAGGGGACAAAAGGCACUUCAAGAAACGUGACGUGACCAUCGCCAAUCUCACGGGCAAGGGAGCAGACGAACGUUUCAUUCAUAUUCCCUUGAUUAUGGCGGAGCGGGCCUGGUCGUAUGCUAUGCAGCUACGUCAAGAGGCCAAUACCGAGCCAAGGAAGAAGUUUCACUUAGUCGGGAAACUGCGGAAGGCGUGCAUCUAUUCACUGCAACUUCAGGCUUUGUGUAAUACUGAUGCGUUCGACGCUCGUACGAAGCUUGAAGCAGAAGCUUACGUCGCCUGGAUGCAUGGCACACUUCAUUUUGAAUUGUCCCUCUGGAAAUCAGCAGCCGAGAGUUUUAAGAAAGCUCAAGUCAUUUACGAGAACCUGGCGCAAGCGCUCCCGGAGGAGGAGCAAGGUAUAUACAGAUCGAAGGUUGACGAGCUAACUCCAAGCUUGCGUUAUUGUGCUUACAAUAUUGGCGAUGGAGGUGGAUCUAUUGAUGAUUUAUUGGAGCUACGCGCACGAGGGUUACUUGAAAACCUGGAUAUCUUGGUGGCCCAAACUAAGACGCAAAGCAGCGAAGCUCUUCAAACAACUGAGUGGCGUGGUCGUAAAGUCACUGUUCGGCCGGAACGCGUUCGUCUUUUCUUACUAAGUCUACAAGAGCUUGACAAGAGUUUGGAAAAAGCUAAAACUGAAGAUGCUAAGAUUGAGAUAAUUGAAAACAUCCUCAUGGACUGUAAGGAUGCAAUUUCUGCUGUUAAGGAUGAGAUCAAACAGGAUCCGAAGCUCCGAGUUGCUGCUGUUGGUCAAACAGUCUCGGGCAUCCAAUAUCUAUUGGCCUAUCUGUCCUACAUUCGUCUUAGCCGAACUUUAGAGCGAAAUUUGUGCCUAGUGGCACAGGCCAAGGCCAACUUGGAUGAUCCAAACGACAAGGGCAAAGUGAUUGAAGGCAAACGUGUCCGGCCGCAGGACUUAACUCGACUAUUUGAAAUCAUUUUGCAAAACAUUUCGGAAAUGCAACAAAUUAGCGGAAUGGAGGAGGAUUCCAGCUACCAAAAUGAAAUAGAAAAUCUGGCGGUUGCUUUCAAGGCAUUCCGUUGUUAUUAUAUUGCUUUGACUUUAGUCGGAAUGAAGCGGUGGAAGGAGGCUGUGGCCAUGUACGAACGAUCAAAGAAAUAUGCAUCUGACGCUUUGAAAACGAAACUCACGGAAUUCAAUUUGAAGGAUGGCUUGGAGAAACUUAUCGCGACAAUUGACGGAUGCAAAUUCUCUGCACACGCUUAUAGUGUCUUGGAGAGCGACAAUAGCGAAGAUUCUGUAUUCACGUCUCGGUCGCAGAAGUCAUCCAAACCGCUUUUCGAACGACUCUCGCAAUAUAAAGAAGACCAAUCGCUUAACACGAAGAAUCCAAAUGUUUACAAAAUGACACCCGAAAUGCAGCCGAUCCCGUGCAAACCACUAUUUUUCGAUUUGGCUCUCAAUCAUGUCGAAUUCCCAUCGUUGGACGAUAAACUUGAGUCGCCCGGAGCGAAGAAGGCGGGAAUUUCUGGAUUCGUCAAAGGUUUCCUCGGCUGGGGUGGCAGCAAGUAGAUCCUUCACUGACGAUUCCAAUCUUUACAAAAGAACAAUUUCUUACUUUUCAUGCAUUUGUAUUGUUAACAUCUAGCAAAUAAAUGGCCAUUUAUCCGGGA